UUCACCCUUGGCAGCUUCUAUGCUGAUAAAGGUAUCAUGCAUCAAACUAGUUGUAUCAACACACCCCAACAAAAUGGGGUUGCUGAAAGAAAACAUAGACACUUGUUAAAUAUGGCCCGUGCCUUGCUUAUUCAGGCUGGGCUUCCAAACCGUUUUUGGGGGGAUGCCAUUCUCACAUCUGCAUACCUCAUAAAUCGAACACCCACUCCUCUUCUCGAUGGCAAAACCCCGUAUGAAAAGUUGUUUCACCAAACUCCUACUUAUUCCUAUUUGCGUGUUUUUGGUUGCUUGUGUUUUACUUCUACCCAUGCACAGAGUCGUUCGAAAUUUGAUCCACGAGCAUCUCGUUGUAUUUUUUUUGGGAUAUCCUUAUGGUCAAAAAGGAUAUCGCGUUUUCGAUAUCCUUCACCAAAAGGUGCUCGUUUCUCGUGAUGUGUGUUUUUUUGAAAAUGUAUUUCCUUUUCUUAUUCCUCACCAAUCCGCUGCGUCACCACAUCAUCACCAUUUGCCCAACCUUCCUUUCCCUCACCUUGACCCGUCCUUACACUUUGACAUGGACUCCCUCUCCCAAGCACAUCUGCCUUCCCCUACUGCUGAGCCCAUUCCACCCACCGGCCCACCUGAUCCCACUUUACCCAUCACACCUACUGCAGACCUCACGGCUCUGCCUUCUUCCUCACCUGAUACCGAUCUCACCGCUCUGCCUUCUCAUUCCCCAUCUCCAUCGCCCACUCCUCCCACCAUCGCUCCGCGCCGCAGCAGUCGCUCCACUCGACCGCCUGCCUAUUUGCAAGACUUCCACCUCGCGUCUGGCCUCCCUUCAAGAACCGCACCAUCGUCUUCCACGAACUUGGUCAUCCCUUCAGGUACGGCCCACCCUCUCUCUCAGUCUUUGUCUUAUGCUCACCUUUCUCACUCUCACAAAACAUAUCUUGCCCAACUUACCCUUCUUCAAGAACCUACGAGUUUCUCUCAGGCAGUCCAAAUUCCACAAUGGCGUGCCGCCAUGAAAUCUGAGGUUGAUGCUUUACAGGCUAAUGGGACGUGGAGCUUGGUGUCGUUACCUCCUCAUAAACGACCGAUCGGCUGUAAGUGGGUAUACAAGGUGAAAUUGAAGGCCGAUGGCACGGUAGAACGCUACAAAGCACGCUUAGUGGCAAAGGGUUACAGUCAAGUGGAAGGCAUUGAUUACCAGGAAACUUUUGCCUCGGUUGCCAAAUUGGUGACCGUCCGUGUUCUGCUUAGUGUGGCAUCCCUGCAUGGCUGGCAUCUCCACCAAUUGGAUGUGAACAACGCGUUUUUGAAUGGCGACCUUGAUGAGGAGGUGUUCAUGUCCUUGCCUCCUGGUUUCGGACGAAAGGGGGAGAAUCGGGUCUGUCAAUUGCACAAGUCGUUGUACGGUUUAAAACAGGCAUCUAGACAAUGGUUUAUCAAGCUGUCUACUGCCCUCAAAGCCGCGGGAUUCCAACAGUCACGAUCCGAUUAUUCUCUGUUCGUCCGUCGUCAAGAAGGUAACUUCCUAGCACUGCUUGUAUAUGUUGAUGACGUCAUACUGGCAGGGAACAAUUUGGAGGAUAUAGAAAACACAAAAUUAUUCUUGGCCAACUAGUUCAAGCUUAAGGAUUUGGGGCAGUUGAAGUAUUUCCUUGGCAUCGAAGUUGCCAGAUCACAGCAUGGAAUCAGUUUGUCACAACGUAAAUAGGCCUUGGAGAUUUUGGAUGAUGCUGGAUUUUUAGGUGUCAAACCUUCUCGGUUCCCAGUGGAACAGAAUUUAUCACUCUCACAGUUCAAUGGAAAAUUACUGGAUGAUGCUGC